GCGCGAUCCGGCAGUUCUAGUCUCUCGGGCAACAGAAGCGUACUCUCCAUGGCAGCGCUGUCAGCACGCGGAGGGAAUCCCCGAGUUUCGGAUCGCUAGGCUGAGCUGCGUAGUUUUGCACCACCAGCAGCAUCCCUGCACUGCCUUCACUAAAUAAUAAGCCGCUCCUAAUGGCCCAAUCGUGAUCAAGGAAAGAGGUGGAGGGGCGAAAGUGGCGGCGUGUGGGACAUCUAGUGUGGCAUCCAUCCUAAUCAGGGACAAGCGACUUGACGUUCAUGAGGCAGCCACCGAACGAUUUCGAGAUGGCACUGAGUGGGACGAUGCUGCCAUCCAUCUCUACCUUUGCCACCGGAUCCCCGGUUAAAGAGAAGUCGGUGGGGCAUGCAGCUGCGAGCACCAGAUGGAAGGAGGAGAUGUCCCAUCUGAAGAGGCCCUGCGCCCCAACCAGUGGAGGGUACCUAGGACAAGAAGAGGACAUGCAAAAUCCAGGGAUCAAGAAGGACCAAGAAUUAUUGCUGGACUAUGACUUUAUACUAUCCAACUCCAUCCACCAGCAGGAAGCACUGCCCACCACCUCCAGAAAUGUGGCCACAUCUCCCGUCAGUUACCCCUAUGCACAGCCCUCGCCCCAGGGCUCUUCUGGAGAUGUCCUGUUCCCUGCCGAAUCUGCCGUUUUCACCAUUCCUGAUAUCAACGAUGUUUCCCCCUCGGGUGGAUUUGUGGCGGAGCUCAUGAGGACAGAACUGGACGAGGCAUAUUUGCCGCCGACCAGCCUACAUGGGAAAUUUGUAUUGAAGACAACGAUGGACACGGGGGACUACAGUCAGAACAUCAACGUGAGCAAAAGCAUGACUGGCAUGGACAAUUCUGUGCAUUUUGUCGAGCAAGGGUUCAAGGAAGAAACUCGGAGCACUUGUAGUGUUACGAGGCAAAUGGGACUUAUUCCAGGCCAUAGGAACAGCCAGAGAUCACCACUGGACCCCCACGAUUUUACAUCCAGGCGGUCACUGGCAAAUCCGCCUGUCCCCUCUCUUGCACCAGAGGAGGUCAUGAACAGAGAACGCCAUACCUCACCUCAGGUUUUAAGUCACCCGCCACUGUCACAUUCCCAGGGCUAUCAUGCACCUGCCAACUACCCUCCUUACCAGCAGCAACCGCCACUCCGCUACCAAGAGAUCAUCUCUGCAGGGGGCUGCUUGCCAGAAGAACCAAAGGCCAAAAGAGGUCGGCGCUCCUUUCCCAGGAAAAGAAUAGCAACUCACACGUGUGACUAUGCCGGCUGCGGCAAGACCUACACCAAGAGCUCUCAUCUCAAGGCGCACCUACGAACCCACACAGGGGAGAAGCCUUAUCACUGUGACUGGGAGGGCUGUGGCUGGAAAUUUGCUCGCUCCGAUGAACUGACUCGCCAUUACAGGAAACACACUGGACAUCGCCCUUUCCAGUGCCAAAAAUGUGACCGUGCCUUUUCCAGGUCAGACCACCUGGCACUACACAUGAAACGGCACUUGUGAUCCGAAGAGACCAAAAAACACGCACUGCCUUAAGACUCUCAUCGCCCACCGUCUUCUGCCAGAGCAAAGGAAAGCUGCAAAUGGGGCUUUUGUCAAAGUCUUAGACCCCCCCACAAUGCCCCCCAACCUCCACCAUGACUUGUCUUCCCAAGGGUGGCAGCACAGAUACUAAUCAUUCCAAAGACUGGCGGGGGGGUGGGGGGUGUUUGGGGGGCUUCCUCACAACUGGAACUCACUCACUCAUUUCUUUGUUUUUCCUUUUUGACAAGACUUGGAAUGCCAGGUGCCAAAGGAUGACUGGAACAAUAUGGAUAUCAGGGCAAAAUCGUUCUUGUGUUUUUUUGUUUUGUCGAUUUACAAAUACUAUGCAUUCCUUUUUAGCCUUUAACAAUGCAGCAUACUUUUUAUUUUUGUACUGGGGUAAGAAGGCCGUUAUUUUUUUAAUGUAAUUUUUCAGGUACAAAAUAAUUUAUAGGAUCCUACUGGAUGGUGCUCAGUGACUUAAACAUGUUUGAAGGUACCAAAUGGAAGAGGACUCAACAAUCCUACUAAGUGCCACACACUAAAUCUGAAGGGGCCACGGAGACGUGUCACACGCCCCAGACGCGCUGGCCGAAGGGGCGCGGGACCAGCGUUGAGCAAAAAUAUGCCGAAAAGCAUCGUGGUUCCAAUGUGCAAUAACGUGUACAGCCAUUAAACUAGGGUCAGUCUUCAACACAGAACAAAGAAAAACACUUGGACAAUAUAAUUAUGUAAUAUAAUUUGAAAAGUGAUAUCUAGUUUUGUACAUUUGUAAAUAUAUAUAUAUAUAAAAAAAACAAAAAACAAAAGUCAAAACAUGUAUUUUAUGUAUUCUUCAAUCUGUGUCUAAAUAAAAUAACAGUGGAAAAUUAACUAAUUUUCAACGUGCUGAAAAGGUUUUUAGAGACGCAGCCGGCAUGAGUUUUGUCGGCUGCCUAUUUUGUUUUAUUGUGUCAUUAAAAACAAUGACUCAUGACGAGUUUGAGUUUGCACUGUAAGGAUACAAGAAAAAUUUAAAAACAAAACAAAAAAAAAAGCUAUUUUUGUGAUGACUUGAAGAGAUUAAACGAGUUACAUUUUUCUAUUAACAAUGUUCCAAAAAAAUGGGUGGCAUAGUUCUGUGCCAAAUGCACCACAAAGAAAACAUUCCUCUUGAAAAAUGAAAUAAAAACAGCAUUUGUGAUGUGCUAUUGAA